AUGUUCUUUUUGGCCACGCAAGGUGGAGCCCGCGUGAUGGGCAUGGCUGAGAGUCUCGGCAGCCUCGAUGCUGGCAAGCUCUUUGACGCCCUGGUCAUCGACCUGUCUGCGCAUGCCUCUCCUGUGCCGUCGGCGUGGAGGCUGCGCUUGGAGCAGUUUGUCUUCCUUGCGGAUGACCGCAAUAUCUCUCGUGUGUACGUUGGGGGAAACCUGAUUCAUUCAAAGUGUUGAGCGGCACAGCAGCUGCAUGAUAUAAUGUAAAAAAAU